CAUCAGUGCGCGCCGCGCGCGGGCCGUGCCGCCGCCAUGGUGCAGCUCGGGAGCCGCCUCCUGAGGGGCCGCGGCGGCCACGUCGUGAUCCGCUUCGCGCUGGGGGGCUGCACCAACCGCCCGUUCUUCCGCAUCGUGGCGGCCAACAGCCGGCGCGCCCGCGACGGGAAGUACCUGGAGCAGCUCGGCUGCCUGGACCCGCUGCCCAACGCGCACGGCGAGAAGGUGGCGGGGCUCAACCUGGAGCGGCUGCGCUACUGGCUGGGCUGCGGCGCGCAGCUCUCCCGGCCCGCCGAGAAGCUCCUGGGGCUGGCGGGGUUCCUGCCGCUGCACCCCAUGACGGUGACCGGCGCCGAGAGGCUGCGCCGGCGGCGACAGCGCGAGCAGCAAACAGAGGCUGCGCCUGCGGAGGGCUCGGCCGAGACCCGAACCGACACCGGAACCGGCACCGGAACCGCGCCCUGACACGGCCCGGCCGGGAGGGGCCCGAGCGGCCCCGGACCUGGGACCUCUCCGGCCCGGGACUGCUCUCAGCCGGUGCUGCACUGGCCCGGGACUGCUCCGCUCCCAGACUCCACCGGGCCGGGGUUGUUCUCAGCCGGGGCUGCUCCGGCCCGCCCGGGCCCGAGGUCUCUCCCGCCCCGCCGGUCCCUCUGACCCCAUUAAAGCGUUACCUCUGCACCGUCCGUCCCUCGGCUGCUUCCUCCUCUCGGUCAGGGCUCACCGUGUCCACGUGUGGUGCGUGGAAGAGGCUUUGCUGCUCUCCCGCAGCCACGGGAGCGUUCCAGGCGGGAAUUCCCGAGGUGUGCCGUGUUCCAGGGGCUCUCCCAGCUGCCCUUGGCCAGCUCCUCUUGUCACAGUUCUGACACCUGGCUGUGAGUCACUCUAACAGGACAGGCCUGGCACAGACAGAUGCAAAUUCAAGUGCAGCUGCUUUUCUGCUUACUUUCCAGAGGGGUUCUGGGGCUGUUUGUUCAUUUAAAAGCAAAAGAGAAAGAUUACAGUCUCUUGUAACUCACUGCCCCAGUCCCUCUUUACAAGUCCUGCUGUUUAAUCCCAUAUUUCACCUGUUCCAAGAGACAAGAAACCCACCCAAGUCUCUCCUACCUUAGAUGGACCCCUGAGCUUUUGGGGUUUCCUCUGUGCAGCACUUAAAUGAUUCUAAAAAUGCCAGGCAAAAUCAAGUUUCCAGUGUUGCAUCUCAAUGAAGCUGUUGGUGUAACCAACCUCUGAGGGAGGGAGAACACAUUAAGAAAUUACACAUAUUCUUUUUUUAAUAAAGUGUAUCUCCUAUGGAGUGCAAGGUGCUAAUUACUCAUUUGUAGAAAAUAAAUUGUCUAGAGAACACUAAAAUACUUCCCAAUAUACCUUAUAUAUAAUAGAUACAUACUAUAUUUAUACAUAUAAAUUUUAUUCUAUUUUAUUCUUGAAAAGAUUUAUUUUUCCAACCAAAGAACAGCAGAAGUUCUGAAAUCAGGAGGUUUUUCUGAGUGACACAGCAGAGGCUGAGUGAGCUGCAGACAUGCUGAAAUGGUUACAGGUGUAAUUUUUAAUUACAAACAUGUGAAAACCAGUUAGGUCUUUUCUCCAUCCCUCUCCUCAUUUUCCCUGCUUCUGUACAAGUGUAAUAAAUACAUUUACAAACAUCAGCAAUAAUUGCCAUGAAGCAACCUUUAAUGAUAUGGACUUAAUCAAAAUUAACCUGAAAACCAGCACAGUGUAAAAUCAUUUUCCUGCCUAAACUCAUGCAUCUUUUUUUUUUUUUUUUUUUUUUUUU